GCGGCUCCAUCUAAGUAGGAUCAUUUGUGAAAUGAGAUUAUAGGCAUUUCUCUGAAAAAGCAGGAGACAGAGCACCUGCUGUCUGCGAUUGAUGUCCCGGGGGCUCACACUGCACACGGAUCAGGACGUCCAUCUCCAUGGCUAAUUCUGCUACGAGCCAAGAGCCUGCCUUUUCCGCUCCAUGCCAGGCAGCCCCCUCUUCCACAUGGAGCCAGCUCCAGAUCCAUGUUUUCUGUUAAGCUUGACUAUAUGGGACAUGCAUCGCUAUCCUGCCCGCCACGGUGCUGCAGUGUGCGUGUUUUGCAGAGCUCUGUGCAGCCUGGCCAACGAUGUGACUAACCAGAGCCGUGGACACACACUGGGUCGUCCCAGCCUCCUCCUUUUGCAGCGAGGUUGGAGCUUCCUCUGAGUGCACAGCUCUGUCUGCUAAGAAGCCUCCGGCUCUUUGCAUUUGGAUGCUGCAGACGGUGCAGCAGGAGUCUUGCCUUGGAGUCAUUACAUUGUGUCAGAGGAAGAAGGAGACGUCAGACCUCCAGAUCUGCUUUAGCACAAUUUCUCCAAGUGCUCCACUGACUGACCAAGUUCCCUGGGAGAUGGACACCCGGAGGCCUUUGCCCGCGGCGACACCGUGCCUCUGGAGCGUGCCGCCAGGGCCUGUGCAAGUCUCAUGGAGAGCACCACACGGCUGCGCCCCAGGACUGACAGCAGCAGGGCUCGGAGCUGUGAGCCCCGGGAGACCAGGCACCACCCAAACAGGAAUCACCCGACCCCUGCACGUGCCUGACCAGCCGCCGUCUUAGGAGAAAGCAGUCGUACCUGCCUGAACUGUCAGCGCUGUCCACAGAUGGCUACCCUUCCGCAAAGUGCUGUGCUUUCCCAGAACUGCUGGCCUGUGCACUCUGGAAAGCUCACCGUGUCUUGCUUUCCCUUGACUCCAGCAGCUCAGCCCUGACCCUUCUGAUCUCCUUGCCCACUCCCAGGGUGGCCACGGGCUUAUGCGCUGGGCCUCACUAUUUUCCUGUUUGUUUGAGGUCUCUUACUCUGUCCACAGACAUUGGUGACCCUGUCCCAGCAGGCACACCAGGGGCAGCCUGUGGCCCCUCCCCGUAGGCCACCUGGAGCCUGGGGCAAGGCAGCAGUCCACCCCACCUAGUGCCCAGGGAGCCUGGCGCCCAAGCCAGGUGCCCCCACAUCUGUAACCCAGAGGCCCUUACAGACUGUCCCCCACACCACCAGCGCUCACUCUCUGUGUGGACUCGGGCAGACGUGCAAACCGGGUCCCACUGGUGUGAAACUCAGAGCCGAGCAUCAGGGGUCAUGUCCUCUGCCACUGGAGGCAAAAUGAGGAAGAACACAGAGACUCAUGGCCAGACUCUCAUCCGAGCAGCUGAGCAGCUCACAGGCGGCGCUCUCUGCCCUCACACUCUGGUCCCCACGGCAGGCGCUGUGUCUGGAGAGGAGCCCGUGUUACCCCCAGGGGUCUCAGGUUCCUGGUCUCGGGGGCAAGCUGCGGGCUUACAGCGAGAACCAGAACUGAGGGCAGUCUGGUCUGAGGAGCAGGGGCGGAUCCUGUAGGAAAGUGCUGCUGGUUCUUUCACAGUGUGGGGCGUGCCUCCUCUUUCUGUCUCCUCUCCACCCACGCUCUGCUCAUCCUCCUCAUGGGUACCCUGGUCCGCGAGUCUGCUUUACCUGCCGGUUGGCCCUGCUCAGCUGGGCAGCUGACCUGGCAGGGCCCUCUCUGGCUCUUCCUGUCUGGGUCUGCCCCUGGCCCAUCUCUAGCUCCCUGGGGGUCAGGAGCACCGCCAAGCUGGCUGGCUACAACUGGUGGGGACGCAGGCUCCCUGGCAGUCCCUGCCGCUGUCCGGCUGUUCAGGUCAGCAGUGACUAGGGGGUGUGGGUGCUGUGGCUGUCUGGGGGAGGUGGCGCUGUCCCGAGGCCUGGGCCUGCCUUCCACCCGUGUCUUACAGCACGCCCCGAUCCGUACCUCAGUCCUGACCCGCGAGAUUCAUGAUCCCGAGGAGCUUUUGGAAAGUCCUUGAGUGUCCUCUGUGUCCCGCGGGGUCCUGCUCCAGGCCAGGCCUUUCAUCCGAGGCCUCCCUGCUCUCCCUUUAACCCCCGUUUCCUCGUUUGAAAGUACCCCCUGCCCGAGAGCAGAGUCACGUUGACAUCAGAGAAGGGCCGGGUUCGCGGUGAGCCAAGACCACACAAACGCUACGUCUCCGCUGCUGCGCCCCAGCGCCCCUCACUCCAGCGCACCCCGCAUUGUCUGCACACUACUCCGUUGGGCCCGCUGACUUUUCAUCGUGGAAACGUCUCCCGUGUUCUCGGGAUAGCCAGUUGCCCCACACGUCACAGUUUAGCAGAGGCAUGCCCAGGGCACGGGCUACCUCCCUGUCUGCAGGCGGGGUCACUCUGCAAUGGGCCACGGCCCUCACUGAGCAUGGUGGAGUGGUCAGUGUGGCUGGCUCCUGAGGGGCCCAGUGGGACCCAACGGAGGGCAAGUUUUAUUCCCAGGACCAGCCUGUGCCCAGGGUCCUGUGAGGCCCCAGGCUGCUCCCCGAGGAGUGGACCCACCCAUCUUGCUGCCCACUCCAGGGCAGGGUUAGCCGAGUGUGUUGCUGGGCAGAGUGGGGGGAAGGGGCGGCUCUUCACCAGGCCUUUGCGAUACAAGUCCACCCUCUCACCUGAGCGGCUUGGGUCAGACUGUGUCCAGUGGGGGCUCUUCGUGCACCAGGAGGGUGGAACCCAGGCCUGCUAAUCCACCUCAGUGGGGGCGACGGAGCGACCCGUGCUGGACAUUACACUCCAUUGUUUUAUAAUCAAGGAUGAACCUUUGCAGACACUUUCCCAGGAACAGCUGUCAAGUGGACAUUUUGCACGGCUUUGGCAGUGUCUGCCGUCCUGUGUCCCUGGUUGUCACAGAGCUCCUGAGAGGACUCUCCCUGGAGUGGUCAGCUUCUUUCCCAGACAGCGGCCCCUCAGGAUCCCUCUUCACCUUCAAGGCUGGGUGGGCACCUUGGACAGCUGCUGCGACGGUUUCUGCCAGCAACUUGCAGCUGCUUGACAGCUGGAGGCCAGCACCACCACCCUUGCCAGUAGCCUCAGCCCCUCUUGUGACGCCCAGGGGUCCCUGUGGCCAGCACCUUCCUCUUCCUGUGAGUCAGUGCCCCCCGGGGUCCUGAUCCCACAUGAGGCAGGGGCUGAGCCAGACCCUCUUGACCCCUCCUGCAGUCCCGGUCCUUAGUGCCUGGGCCAGGGUCUCUCACGGCCCCUUCCCCAGAGCCCAGGAGGUGGUAUGCCUGGGGUUUGCCGACGAGGCUGGGGCAGGAUGGAGGCCCAGGUGAAGAUGGGCUGGUGUUCAAGGGGGGACUGCUACCAGUCACAGGAGGGUCUGAGAGGCAGAGUGGGGCCGAGGUGCCAUAUGGUGUUAAGUGCAAGAGCUGAUCAGUGCGGGGGUCCCAGGAUGACUAUGUGCCCAGCCCUGUCCUGUUUCUGCAUAAAACACACGCACAGAAAAUGUAUGGUUCAGAGGUGAGGUGUCCCCAAAGCUCCUGUGAGAGACGAUGUAAGGAGGGGAGAAGGCUGGGCUGUGAGCGCCUUGCCCUGAUCAGCAUGUUCACCUGCUGGAAGGGACCCCCUGGGUGGUAGCUGCAGGCAGGUGGGGGAGGGUGGAGAAGUGGGUCCCUGGGGGCGUGCCUUGGGGAUGCACGUCUUGUCCCAGGUGAGCAGAGCUCUCUGCUUCCUUGUUGCCCCGUCCUGAGCUGCUUCUGUCCACCGCGCACUCUGCCAUGAUGCUCUGCAUCCUCAGGCCCAGAGCAGUGGCAUCUGCUGACCAUGGAUCUGACCUCUGAAACUGUGAACCCCAAAUAAACUUUUCCCCCUCUAAAACUGCACUUGUCUUUUGGUCACAGCAGCAGAAGAGUUGACUAAAACAAAAAACCAGCACAAGAGUGUCUUUGGAUUUAACAAAGAAAGUUGUUGCUUCAUAGCCUGGACCUGCUGGUUUUCAAUCAAAUCCAACAUUCAUGAAGGAUGAAUAUUCACCAUGAACUGAAUUAAUCACAUGCAAAGACGACAUGAUGUGGCUGCUGCUGUCUUCUCCCAUCGGUCCAUUGACAAUAGGUUUGGGUGACUUUGGGUGCUAAACCUCUUCCUCUUGAUGCCCCAUGGCCUGGCACAGGCUGAAUGCUCUUGAGAAUGCCACUCUGGUUCUGCCCUGGGUGCAGCUCUGCAGCACCAGAGCUGGCGUGCAGGUGCUCUCUGAGUGACAGUGCAUUGGCUCCCGGGGUGUACAGUGACUGGCAGCCUUGGAGAGAAGAGUCGCAGUGCACCCUCUGCGGGGAGCCGGAAGAGGAAGAAGGAGGAGACCUGGUCCAGCCGGGCCUCAGCUUCCCAGGGCCAGCGGAGGAAGACCUAGACCAGCAGUACUCAUGGUCCCCGACGCAGCACUUCGAUGAAGAACGGUACUCCCCGGCUCCCAGGAACAUGAAAGGCUUGUCUGGAAGCCGGAACCCGCCGCCGCUAUGUGCAGGCCACACCUGUGGCGUGGCGCCCCCUGCCGACUGCGAGCACCCGCUGGACCACCUCCGCCACGGGCCGGACACGCGGCAGCCCUACCUGCUCAGCCCGGCGGAGAGCUGCCCCAUGGACCACCACCGCUGCUCUCCGCGGAGCUCCGUGCACUCCGAGUGCAUGAUGAUGCCCGUGGUGCUGGGCGACCACGUGUCCAGCAGCACCUUUCCCAGGAUGCACUACAGCUCCCACUACGACACCAGGGACGACUGCGCCAUGCCCCACCUGGGCGCCAAGAUCAACCGCAUCCCCGCCAACCUCCUGGACCAGUUCGAGAAGCAGCUGCCCCUGCACAGGGACGGCUUCCACACGCUGCAGUACCAGAGGGCCUCGACGGCCGCGGAGCAGCGCAGCGAGAGCCCGGGCCGGAUCCGGCACCUGGUGCACUCGGUGCAGAAGCUCUUCACCAAGUCGCACUCCCUGGAGGGCUCUUCCAAGAACAACGCGGACGGCACCAAGGGCGACGGCCGGGCGGACGAGCACCACCACGGCCACCACGCCAGGCACGGCAAGCGGAGCCGCAGCAGGGAGCGGAAGCCCGAGGCCAAGCACAAGUCGGGCUCGAGCAGCUGGUGGAGCUCGGACGACAACCUGGACAGUGACAGCACGCACCGGGCGCCGAGCGUGGUGAGCAGGCACCACCUGGACCCCUUCCCCCACUGCUACCCCGAGGCCCUGCAGAGCCCCUUCGGGGACCUCUCGCUGAAGACGUCCAAGAGCAACAACGACGUCAAGUGCUCCGCCUGCGAGGGCUUGGCCCUGACACCGGACGCCAAGUACAUGAAGCGGAGCUCCUGGUCCACGCUCACCGUGAGCCAGGCCAAGGAGGCCUACCGCAAGAGCUCCCUGAACCUGGACAAGCCGCUGGUGCACCAGGACAUCAAGCCGCCCCCGCGGCAGUGCCACUACCUCCAGGUGCCUCAGGACGAGUGGGGAGGCUACCCGUCCAGCGGCAAGGCGGAGGAGAUCCCCUGCCGCAGGAUGAGGAGUGGCAGCUACAUCAAAGCCAUGGGAGAUGAGGACAGCGGAGAGUCGGACUCCAGCCCCAAAACGUCCCCGACCGUGGCCCUGCGAUCAGAGCCCCUGCUGAAGUCCCUCGGGCAGAGACCGCUUGGAGACCACCAAACCCAGAGCUACCUGCAAGCUGCAAGUGAGGUGCCGGUCGGUCACAGCCUGGACCCCUCUGCCAACUACAACUCCCCGAAAUUCCGCUCAAGGAACCAGAGCUACAUGCGGGCCGUGAGCACCCUGAGCCAGGCCAGCUGCGUGAGCCAGAUGAGUGAAGCAGAGAUCAAUGGGCAGUUCGAGUCGGUGUGUGAAUCCGUCUUUAGUGAAGUUGAAUCUCAGGCCAUGGAUGCCCUCGACCUGCCCGGAUGUUUCCGAACAAGGAGUCACAGUUACCUUCGAGCCAUCCAAGCUGGUUACUCCCAGGAUGAUGAAUGUGUCCCCGGGACAACGCCCUCCAACAUGACAUCCACCAUCAGGUCGACAACAGCGGUCUCCUACACAAAUUACAAGAAGACACCCCCUCCGGUACCUCCUCGGACCACCUCCAAGCCCCUGAUCUCCGUGACAGCCCAGAGCAGCACUGAGUCCACCCAAGACGCCUACCAGGACAGCCGUGCCCAGAGGAUGUCCCCAUGGCCCCAGGAUGGCCCCAGCCUCUACAACUCCACGGACAGUUUGGACAGCAACAAGGCCAUGAGUCUAGCCCUAGAAACGGCCGCGGCCCAGCGCCAGGCCGACGGCCAGGGCAGCUCUGUGCGGACCAGCGACAAGGCCAUCCUGGUGUCCAAGGCUGAGGAGCUCCUCAAGAGCCGCUGCUCCUCCAUCGGGGUCCAGGAUUCUGAAUUCCCAGAGCAUCAUCCAUACCCAAGGUCAGAUGUGGAAACAGCUACGGAUUCGGACACGGAGAGCCGAGGCCUGCGGGAGUACCACUCUGUUGGAGUGCAAGUAGAAGACGAAAAACGGUCUGAACAGUGUCCUGACUUCCUAGGCAGCUUUGCGCUCUGCUCACUGACUUCCAGGAGGGGAGGAGCAGCCCAGCACGUCCCAGGCUCUAAACUCCUCAUGUGUCCACAGGACCCCAGUGCCAUGCCGAGGCCCACCUCCCAGGACCUGGCCGGCUACUGGGACAUGCUGCAGCUGUCCAUCGAGGACGUCAGCAUGAAGUUCGACGAGCUCCAGCAGCUGAAGCUCAACGACUGGAAGGUGGCAGAGUCGCCGGAGAGAAAGGAGGAAAGAAAAGUCCCCCCUCCAAUACCAAAGAAGCCCCCCAAAGGGAAAUUCCCCAUCACGAGAGAAAAGUCCCUGGACCUGCCCGACAGACAACGCCAGGAAGCCCGGAGGCGGCUCCUGGCGGCCAAGAGAGCAGCCUCCUUCCGACAGAACUCGGCCACGGAGCGCGCCGACAGCAUCGAGAUCUACAUCCCUGAGGCCCAGACCCGGCUCUGAGGACGGGCGGCCCCUCGCUGCUCCUCUGGACAAAUGCUUGUACAGUCUCUGCCGACCGACCGGGUCGUUGUCUCCUUCCUCCACGAGUCCCCCUUGCUGUUGUGUCCUUGGUACCACAGACACGGUGACCGCUUCCCCUGUCCUCGGUUUGCUGAGCUCUGGCAAGAACGACCUGGGCACCUGAUGGGCUGGCUCCCAGCUCUGAUGCUCGGCCUGGCGAGGCCUGGCGCCCUCUGGCCCUCAGAGGACGCGCCUCUCGAGACGGACCCCAGCUGACACUUUGUUACUUAUAUUUUUAUAAAUCGUGUGAUGACUAGGUCAGGACAACGUGACUACAAAUGGGUAUCUCACCACUCGCGAGAGGCCGUAGACACCCGUGGAAGGUGCUACAACACCAAGCGCAGGAAAGAGACCCAUUUCCCUCGCCGACCUCAGGUCACUCCCCCGAGCCCAGCUGACCUCGCCCUCACUGCCACCCCGUCCUGCUGCCACGGGCAGAAGCAGAGGUUCCCCGUGUGGGUCCUUGGUGAUGGGAAGGGGUCCCUCCCACCCCCAAGCUCCCCACCCCGUGUUCUCCAAAGCCCAGGAGGUUCCGAGUCUGAGCGCUAGAAACGCCCGGCUCAGCACCUACACGUUAAGAACUCAGCCCCACAUCCCUCCCCGAGGCUGUGAGGUACAGGCAGCGACGGAGCUCAGAGAAGGCCCCAGGGAGGCAAGAAGAAGCGCCCGCUUCCGGAGACGUCACGGCAUCUUUAUUCCUUUGUAUCGCAAAACUCGACUCAGAGCACCCUCUUCACGUCACCACUUGCGCCACAAGUGAUUUCUUUUACCUGUGUAGAUGCAUUCUCAGAUUGCUCUCUCAGUUGACUUUUCCAGGGUGUCCUUAAAACAAAAACAAAGUCUGCUUGUUUAAAAUGACAGUUGUGAUGUUGUGAAAAGUAGAGGAGUCUGAAUGUGGGUGGUCAGUAGAUCGCAGUUUAACUGGUAAAGGAGACAUGUCGUUGACACUUGUGUCUUUCCAGAAUUCUCUUGUCCUAUGCAGUGUACUUCUUGCCUGUGUUAGACAGGAAGAGGGAAAGGGUCAUGUGUGGUGAUGUCCCGCUGUGGAAUUUAAGAGAUGGAAUUAGCUUGCAGGACUCUGAUGGGCACCAGAGUGCAGCAGCAACUCUGGUCAGUGGGCCUCCGUGUGCAGCUAAAUGCAGAUACAGUGGUGGCCACUGUCGCUAAUGGCCUUCUGAAUCCACUCAGACACCGUAAGUGAAGACCCAUCAGAGUCCCCACUGGUCCCCGACCUCAGAGCUCUCGCACUCCUCGGGGCUGCAGGCAGGAUGGCGACCUCAGACGUCUCCACCCGAGCGCCCGGUCUCCUGCUCGCUGCUGUGGGGGGCACCGUGCUCAGCCAUAGAGGGAGCGCUGUGGAGGCCCCCUAGCACUUUGUUUUCCCCUGACUCGCACUUUAGAGCCUGACCCUGGUGUCGCUGCGAGAGGCGGCCGCAGGGGCGGGGCUUCUGGAAGACUGCACUUUCCUCUUCCCGUAGUCCACAUCCCACUACGCAUGGGGUUCCCUGGGCGCAGCUGAUAUCAAAGCAUGUUGAGCUGCAGAGUUUUGCUUUUCUAAAGCUGAGUAGUUAAGAAUUCCCUGUAAGAACAAAACCCUGUAAGGUGAGCCUCAGAUCUGGUAUAUAUUUUACCAAACAGCCUUAAAAUAUAUUUGGAAGCAAAAAUCAGUACGAAUGUAUAUCCUUGAAAAAUGCAAAAAAAAAUUCCCUGAAAUAUUCUUCUAUAACUGAAUCCUAUUUCCCCAGUGUUCAAAGCGUUUUCUACCUAAAUAAAUACCUAAAUCCUGAACAGUGUACAA